AGGAAAUCAGACAGCCUCUGCAGAAAGCCUCGCCUCCACUCUGCCAGUCUCUGCAACAGACAUGGCUGAAACCAGUAUCUCACUGGCUCAGGAGCAGCUCAGCUGUUCGAUCUGCCUGGACAUCCUGAAGAAUCCGGUGACCAUUCCCUGUGGACACAGUUACUGUAUGGGUUGUAUUAAGAGCUGCUGGGAUCUGGAUGAUCAGACUGGAAUCUACAGCUGCCCCCAGUGCAGACAGACCUUCAGCCCAAGGCCUGUUCUGCGCAGAAACAUGGUGAUGAAUGUAGUGGUGGAGGAAAUGAAGAAGACAGGGCUCAGUCCUCCUCAUCUCCAGCCUCGGCCAUGUUCUGGCCCCGGAGAUGUGCCGUGUGAUUUCUGCACCGGGAGACAGAUGAGAGCUGUGAAGUCCUGUCUGGUGUGUCUGGCCUCUUACUGUCAGACUCACCUCCAGCCUCACUGUGAAUCAGACCGUUUGAGGAAACACAAGCUGGUCGAUGCUACUGCACAUCUGGAUGAUCUUGUCUGUCCGAGUCAUGACAAACCCCUGGAGGUCUACUGCCGUACUGAUCAGAGGUGUAUCUGCGUGUUGUGCACGAAGGAUGAGCACAGAGGCCAUGAUACUGUCUCAGCUGCAGCAGAGAGGACUGAGAAACAGGAGCAGCUGGGGGCGACACAGACACAAACCCAGCAGAGACUCCAGGAGAGAGAGAAGGAGCUGCAGGAGCUGAGACAGGCUGUGAAGUCACUCAGAAGCUCUGCACACACUGCAGUACAGGACACUGACAGGAUCUUCACUGAGCUGAUCCGCUCCAUUGAGAGAACACGCUCUGAGGUCCUGGGCUGCGGGGACACUGUUGUCGGGCUCCUGUCGAUGACCCACCCUGACUUCUCCUACCUGAUCAGAGCAGCUCGUUGUUGGAGCUCUCCUACUUCACUGGGAUGUGAAAUCAAUAUCUUCUGCGAUCUCAGCCUCUUGACCACUUUCCUUUACAACAAGAGAGAGAGACAGAUCCUGACCUCCAUUCUGGCUCUGCUGCUAAUUGGUUAG